AUGAAUACCUUAGAUAAUUUCCUCAUGGGAAAGAAGAGGAAGAGAGAUGAAGAAUCAGGCGUUUUAAAACCACCAGAUGGGCCAGUACCCAAUGAGAGAAUAGGUGUCAGUAUAACCUCAACUGUUGGAGGUGACACAAAAGUUACAACUUGGCGAAAGACAUAUCCAUGGAUUGCUGUGAAUGACAGCCAAGGAAUUGUAUGCAAUAUUUGUACGGAGGCAGUCUCAAAGCAGCUGCCUGUUUCAUCAGACCCCAACAAGCAUUUGUCUUCUGGAAGAGCGAAAGAAAUGACGAGCAACCGAAUUGCUCUGAAGAAAAUGGUCCACACCAUUCAGGUUCUCGCGAAACAGGGCUUACCCCUGAGGGGAACUGAUGACGACCAGCGCUCCAAUUUCCUACAGAUUUUAAGCGCCAGGUCUGAGGACGUUAAAGAAUUGAAAGAUUGGUUGCGCCGUGACGCCCACAAAUGGUUGCAUCACGACAGCCAGAAUGAAAUCCUUGAUCUUAUGUACAAGAAAAUAUUAACUAAAAACCUCGAUAUCAUCAAAGCAUCUCCAUUAUUUGCUUUGAUGAUAAAUGAAACAUCUGAUGUUUCUCGCUUGGAACAAAUCUCAGUCACAGUCCGAGUGGUAUCGAAUGAGUUAUCCCCCAGAGAGAUUUUCCUUGGCUUUUACAAUACGUCAAGUACCAAAUCAGUCACACUAUUUAGUAUCAUCAACGAUAUUUUCCAACGAUACCAAUUGGAGUUCAAGAAAUUGAGAGGUCAGUGUUAUGAUCGAGCUCCCAACAUGGCAGGAAAAAUCACGUGUUUGAGAACUCCCAUUUGUCAAGUGGAAAAGCGGGCUCUAUUCGUCCAUUGUGAUGCUCAUCAGCUCAAUCUUGUGGUCCAAGAUGCCCUGGAGGCAAUGCUUGAAGUUAAGAAUUUCAUUGGGAUAGUCAAGGAACUGAUUAAUUUUAUACAUAAUUCUCCGAAGAGAAUCGCUGAAUAUUGCGAGUUACAACUCCUCUCGCUAGAUGAGAGUGAGAAAAUUCAGGCCUUGACCGCUUUCUGCCCAACAAGGUUCAUUCUGCUGACGGUCCCCAAUUCCACGUGCACAAAUGAGCGGAGUUUUUCAACUCUCAAGUAUCUGAAGAACUACAUGCGAUCAACAAUGCAUGUAGUUCUUCAGCGCUUGAAUAGUCUUGCCACCUUGUAUAUUCAUCACGAGCAGACCAACAAACUAGACCUAGACAGUAUUGUGAACGAGUUUGCUGCAAAGAACAGGAACCGCACUGCCACGUUUGGCAAAUAG